CCCCAACCCUCCUGGCAGACUGUCAAGAACAAGGCAGCUGGUGAACUGGCCAUCAAGUCGGUUAUGCAGCAGAUCACAGACCAGCUUCCAGACCUCGAAAUCUAUCAAAGAGCCUAUGCUAACGGGGCCUUUGAAAGACUCCUGGCAGAUGUCGCUUCCGAAGCAGACUCCGGCCCCAGGCAUUUAGAGUCCCAGGACCAUAAACUGCUGGGAUACGAGGACCCGCUCACGCGCGAAUUCCCCCAAGCGGUAGCAAGUCGGAAGCUGCCCUACGGCAAGUGGCAUAAUCACCUCCGUGGCAACCGAAACCAGCACAAGGACGUCCUGUCACACAUCAUUUUCCGUCUUUUGGAAAGCAAUCCGACAGUCCUUCGCAACGCCGAUGACCUCCGCGCCAUCGAGUCCAACAUCGAGGGAUGUAGGAGCUACAGUUACUGGAGGCACCCAAGUCCGAGUCCAGCCACGACCCCGCCGCCGGUGAAGCCCGUGGAAUCCAUGUCACCGGGCGCAAAGACCAGAGCACAGGCUCGGCAGGAGUUCAAGGCUGGUAGAGAUGCCCUCCUCCGCAUUGUCAGGCGGCUUAGCGCGGGCAGCAGCGGCAGGACCAUUUAUAUCGUUGUGGACCGGCCCGAAUCGUGCGAAGGGGAUUGCAUCAACCUGCUCUUGAAUGCGCUGUUUGACUUGGUGAUGGAUGGUGAUGACCCAGAGAAGAAGGCGAGAGUCAUGGUAUGGGUGGUGCUGAGGGAGGAGUUUUGGACCGCCGCGAACUGGCUCGAGGGUCUGAAUGAUCAAGAUAGAGCCAUGGGCCUGGAGUCUGUUAUUGAGGGUACCUACAUUUUACGUUCUCCGGCAGUCACGUACGCUGCCGGGGCCUCUCUCGCCGCAAUCACCCUGAUCUACGUGUUUGGGCCGACGUAUUUUCUCGACAGCGACCCGUCUCGAUCGUCCAACGGCGCCUUCUCGAGUCGAAAGAGCGGCGGUGUCGUGGGGCUCUCCAAUCCUGCCAACGACUGUUUCAUCAAUUCGGUGCUCCAGGCCCUCGCUGGCCUCGGCGACCUUCGUGUCUAUCUUAUUCGAGAAAUCCAUCGCCGCACCCUUGACGAUGACUCGAUCUACACGCAAUCAGUGCCACCCGGCGCAUUGGCCGGAAAGGAAGCCGAUGGACUUCCGCCGCGCUUCAGCAAGGAUAUGCCAGAGUGGAAGCUUGAAGGGUUGCAAACCGGAACCGUGACGAAGAGCCUAAAAGAUAUCCUGGACGCCCUGAAUGAGCGUCCACUUUACAAAAAGACCAUAUCCGCUGCGCCCUUCGUUAGGGCGCUAGAGGAGGCUUUCCGGCAGCGCGUCAGCCGGCAGCAGCAAGAUGCCCAGGAGUUCUUGCAGAUCGUGGCUGAGAGGCUGCGUGAUGAAUACCACGCGGGGCGCAGAGCUCGGUUGUUUGCAAUACAAGCCGCAUAUCCUGGAACCGGUUUACCCUCCACACAGCCAGCUGUAGACGACGCGGGUGACGUGUCGAGCGUACCGUUGCAAGGCAUGGGGAGUCCGGCAGCUGCCACGACCCCAGAUGCUGCGACCGGACCAGGGGCAGGCAGUGCGCAGGUUGUGUUACAUAAGGGCGAGGAGGAGGAGGAAGGAUUUCCUCUCGAGGGCAGGUUUGAGUCCCAGAUCGAGUGCCUGACUUGCGGGUUCAAACCCCGACCAACCGAGUCAACAUUUUGUACCCUGACACUCAAUGUGCCUCAGACCCAGACCACAACCCUGAGCGCGUGUUUCGACGGCAUGUUCAAGACGGAGUAUAUCGAUGAUUUCAAAUGCGAAAAGUGUCGUCUUCUGCAUGCCGUGACUCUGUUCGAGUCAGAAGCCCGGAGGAGCACGUCCGAGGUCGCAAAGGCCAAAGCCGAGGCAGCAGUGAAGGCGCUGAGGGAUGCUAUCGAAACCGACCCCGAGAAGCCACCCGUGGACAUCACGCUCCCAGACAUGCGCUAUGCGCCGAGGCGCCGGAUUGCGAGGCACAUUCGCCUCACUGCUUUCCCCAAAAUCCUAGCUGUCCACCUGUCCAGGUCAAUAUUCGACGCGAGCCGUCACUCACUAAAAAAUUCGGCGAAAGUGGCAUUUCCCGAGCGCUUGCCGCUAGGCGGCCUGCUCCAGCAACGAAAGUACGUACUGAUCGGUGUCGUGACGCAUAAGGGCAGCCACCACAGCGGGCACUACGAGUCCUUUCGGCGCCAGAACAUGUACCCGCCCUUCUCAAAUCCGGGCACAUUUCAACCCUCUGGGGCGUACAGCAAAGCGGCAAGCCCUGCGUCGACGCCGCGAAGCCAUUCCCUCCGUGGGGAAGUGGAUGGGGAUGCCUUGACUCCGCCGCGGUAUUCGUUGGCGUCUGAAUCUGGCCCAAAUUCCUCCAGACCUUCUCUCGAUUCGGCCGUGACUCCCGUGGCUGGUUCUGGCGUGGAUAGAACCGGCGUUGCACCGGCCACGGCAAGCCCUCGACCGAACUCAUCUAGAAUUCCCUCCGGAUCUUUGCCCCCAGUCGGAACCAGUAAGACAGGCGAUGACAUAACCGGGAAAGCUGUUGCGCCUUCGAAACACAAGCAGCGCAAACCGCAGGCUCGCUGGUGGCGGAUUAGCGACGACAAGGUGAAAGAAGCGACGACCCGCGAUGUUUUGAGCAUGCAACGGGAAGUAUACCUGCUCUUUUAUGAGCUCGAAAAGGCGAGCGCGUAGUGUUUGCGUUCGCGUACAGCAGCCUAUUUGUACGGUUCCGGGAAGCGGCCAGGUAUACCGUCAUCAGCAAGCCACGGGGCUCGAGUUUCUGAGUAGAUCCCUGGAGCAAGCUAAUCAAGUAAUAAAACGCUAGAUAGAGCCAAAAUCAUCAUCCAGAGAGAUGGAGCCCCUUCGCGGGGAGAUUGGUCACAACCGCUUCACUGUGCUUGCAAGACAUGAAGGAAAGCCCAUAUUCCAGCGUCACAAAAUGAUUACAACAGCUCUAUGGUGCUCCGAGGAGAGCGGGCAUGAAAAAGAUACC